CAAAAAUAAUCGAAUUUGAAAAAUUAUAAGAAAAUGAACUAGUGGUGUUUAAAAAUUAAAAUCAUUACGAACUUUUAAAUCGAACAUUCACAAACUUUUGACAAAAAUUUGAUCAAACCUGGACAAUCAUCCUCCAAAUAUCAUCACGCAAAAAUGUCACCCCAAAAAAUCACUUCCAACCCAAGCACCAUCAAAAUCUUCUCAAUUUAUUAAUUUCCAAAAUCCAUUAUCAAAAUGGAUCAAGACAUAAAAUUCGCAGCCCAGUGUCUCCUGGCAAUGUCAGCCGGCAAAAGUGUCGACACUCCGCCUCUGGAUUUGAGCAACAGAUCUCCUCAUCCGAAUUUCGAUCAAGAACCUUGCAAAGUCGACGACGGGAAACUUGCCAGUAGGAACAGCCCCAUGUACCUGGUAGCCAGGAUUUUAACAGACCUGACUAGUAUUAAACAAGAACCUGUUCCUGAAAUCCAGAGUGAUGAUGAUGAAUUGCAUAUAGAUGAAGAUGCUUUAAUCGAUUCUGAGGAUAAAAUUCAGGAGGGUCAGGAAGACAAAGUUUUAUCGAUGGAUGUCCAGGAUAAACCUGUUUCUGAUUGCCCAGGAUCUCCGAAUGAAAAUCAGGAUGUCCUGAAUGUUAUGUCUAAUAUCGAUAGUGGUGGUGGGAUUAGUAGUAGUGGUUUACAUAGUGUUGAAAGUGCGACUAGUGGUGUGAAAAGUGGUAAGAAAGUGCCGAGUGCUCCCAAGGAGUUCCGGAAAACGCACAAGUGCGCCUAUGAAGGCUGCGAUAAGGUUUAUGGCAAAAGCUCGCAUCUCAAGGCACAUUUGAGGACACAUACAGGUGAAAGGCCUUUCCCCUGUUCCUGGUCAGGAUGCGGAAAAAAAUUCGCCAGGAGUGACGAGCUGGCACGUCACACACGCACACACACCGGAGAAAAAAACUUUCCUUGUCCUGUUUGUGACAAGAGGUUCAUGCGAAGUGAUCAUCUUAGUAAACAUGCAAGACGUCACCCAAACUUCGAUCCUUCGGUUUUGCGUCAACGCCGAACGCCCAAUCGGGCGUUUUCGGUAAAUUCGAGCGAAGGGACGCCCUCCGAUGUCCUUUCGGAUUAUAUGCCAAGCCCUUAAGAAGACGAAGAAAAUUAUAAGGGAUGAUUAUAAAUUUAAAGAACAAGAUUGAGGAUGUACAAGGCUUAAAAGUGUUUGUGCAUAAUGAAGUUUUACUUGGAAUUACAGAUGUGGAUCUAGGAAG